GGCCGGGCCGCCGCUGCGCGCGCGCUCUCGCCGCUGCGGCCGCCGCCAUCCAGGCAGGCUCGCGCCGGGGCCGCGCCCCUCUCGCUCCGCCCCGCCCCGCCCUGCACAAAGGGGGCGCGCGCCGCCGGCUCCGCAACUUUGCUCCCACCCCUCACCCCAGCGGCUCGAGGCCGCCUCGAAGCGGGGCUGCUGCUCCCGGCGCGCGCGGGCCCGGGCCCAGGCCCAGGCCCAGGCCCCAGGCCCGGCCCCGGGGACUCCCGCGCGCACGCUCGCGCGCGCCCCCUCCCGGCACCGGCGCGCGCGGGGAGGAGUCGCCAGGAGCUCGCGCCCGCUGCAGCCCCGCGCCCGGGCACUCGCCCAGAGCGCGCUACCGCCGCUCCCUCUCCACCCCGUUUUGUUUGCUGUGUUUUUUUAAAUCGGUGUCUCCCCGCGACAUGUUGGGAUCACAACACUCCUAGACGAAUAUCUGAACUGGCGAAUCCUGUGGGGGUGGCCGCCAGGCCAGAAUGGAUGUUAGGUCGCAGUGAAAUGAGCUAAUUGGGCGGUCCUUGGCCAUGUGUUGCCCCCAGUGAAAAAUUGCCCUGCAUAUUUUUUAAUGUUUAGGGUGGCCAGAAUAAGGGUUUAGUCUGCUGUCAAAAGUUUGAUGAUCGAUUAUUCAGAAAAUUUUCUGCGUUGUUCAUGGAGUUUUUCAUCAGUAUGUCUGAAACCAUUAAAUAUAAUGACGACGAUCACAAAACUGUGUUUCUGAAAACAUUAAACGAGCAACGUUUGGAAGGAGAAUUUUGUGACAUAGCUAUUGUGGUAGAGGACGUGAAAUUCAGAGCACAUAGGUGUGUGCUUGCUGCCUGCAGUACAUACUUCAAAAAGCUUUUUAAGAAACUGGAAGUUGAUAGCUCGUCAGUAAUAGAGAUAGAUUUUCUUCGUUCUGAUAUAUUUGAGGAGGUUUUAAAUUAUAUGUAUACUGCAAAGAUUUCAGUUAAGAAAGAAGAUGUAAAUUUGAUGAUGUCAUCAGGUCAGAUUCUUGGUAUUAGGUUUUUGGAUAAACUGUGUUCUCAGAAGCGUGAUGUAUCUAGUCCUGAAGAAAAUUCCCAAUCCAAGAGUAAAUACUGUCUGAAAAUAAAUCGUUCUAUUGGAGACUCCAACGAUAACCAGGAUGAUGAGGUUGAGGAAAUAGGAGAUCAUGAUGACAGCCCAUCAGAUGUGACAGUGGAAGGAACUCCUCCUAGUCAGGAAGAUGGAAAGUCACCUACCACUACGCUAAGAGUUCAAGAAGCGAUCCUGAAAGAGUUGGGAAGUGAAGAGGUUCGAAAAGUAAACUGUUACGGCCAAGAAGUAGAGCCCAUGGAAACAUCUGAAUCAAAAGACUUAGGAUCUCAAACUCCCCAAGCAUUAACAUUUAAUGAUGGUAUAAGUGAAGUGAAAGAUGAACAGACACCAGGAUGGACAACAGCAGCUAGUGACAUGAAGUUUGAGUAUUUGCUUUAUGGCCACAGGGAACAGAUUGCCUGUCAGGCAUGCGGUAAGACAUUUUCUGAUGAAGCACGAUUGAGAAAGCAUGAAAAGCUCCAUACUGCUGAUAGGCCAUUUGUUUGUGAAAUGUGUACUAAAGGGUUUACCACCCAAGCUCAUUUGAAAGAGCAUUUGAAAAUACACACUGGUUACAAACCUUACAGUUGUGAGGUGUGUGGGAAGUCUUUUAUUCGAGCUCCAGAUUUGAAAAAACAUGAACGAGUUCACAGUAAUGAGAGGCCAUUUGCGUGCCAUAUGUGUGAUAAAGCUUUCAAGCACAAGUCCCACCUAAAAGACCAUGAAAGAAGACACAGAGGAGAAAAACCUUUUGUCUGCAGCUCCUGCACAAAAGCAUUUGCUAAAGCAUCUGAUUUAAAAAGGCAUGAGAACAAUAUGCAUAGUGAAAGAAAACAAGUCACAACAGCCAGUGCCAUCCAGAGUGAAACAGAACAGUUACAAGCAGCAGCUAUGGCGGCUGAAGCAGAGCAGCAACUUGAAACUAUUGCUUGCAGUUAAAGCAGAAAACUUUAUCCAAAAAGUAAUUAAAAAAAUUAGGUUGAACAAAAAUUAAUUGUUGAUACAUGUUUAGCCUGAUCACCAUUUUUUCAAGAAAAAAUAUUUUUAGAGGGGUUGAAUGCUGCUGCAUAGAAACAUACCAUGGUGCUUGGUUAUUUUAAAGUAUUUUGAACACAUGUAUUCUUAGAGUAUGAAAUAUUUUUGCUGUUAUUAGUGUAUAAUGCACUAACUCAUGUUUUUAUUUGGGAAAAUGAUCAAGUCCUUUAUAAACAAAAGGAUACUGUUUUAAUCCUUUCUGCACUGACUAAAUGUGGUGUACAUUGUACACAUUAAAACAAGGAAGUAAAUUAAGUUAUAUCUAAUAAUGUCAACAUUUGUAGAAAAAUACGUGGGAGCAACGUGUUUAUUUUUCAGAAAGAGAAUUUUUGGGUGUAGUUAUGCAAGUGUCAUAUAAAACAUUUAGAAUUCAUGGUAAAAUACAUGUGUUGACUUGCUCUAAUUUUUAAUUCUUCCUUUUCCUUUACUUGCAGUUGCCAUCUUUUUAAUCCACCUGGUGAUUUGGGGUAUAGUGAAGUUGCAGAUAUUUGCUUCUCUGAAAGUUAGACCUUUCAUAUUCAUAAUGGCCUAGAUUGUGUGUCAGCUGCUUCAGUAUAAUUUCCAGCCACAUUUCAUACAGCCCACAAGGGACGGGGUAGAAAUAGGAUAAAUUGUGGAGUGCAGUGGACAAUCUAGCAAUAAGCUCCAGAGUGUGUCAGGUGUGUGUCUGCACAUGUGCCCAGGGUCGCAGCAUGUUGAACCAGGGCAGAGCAGCUCCUAGCUCUGUGCUGCAGAAAGGCUGGCUGUGACAUGAGGGUGCUUCAGUGCAGGGCUAGCCAGCAGGCCUCAGCCAGCCCCUUCAGCAUUUAUAUGUGCGUUGCUAUGGAGUUUUUCACUCCACGACAGGGUAGUACUUGUAUUGACAAGUACUAUGCUACUGCAGAGUAAAUUAGUUCACUCCAGCCUAAUAGGGGUGCAUUUAUAGACACUGAGAUGUUUACUGCGUAGCUAAUAAUUAGUAAAUGUCUUGUGUAGAUGCACCCGUUGUGCUGAAUCUGACCCCCUGGCAAUCAGUAGGUAAUAUAACCUGCAGUUGUAUGUUUUUCAUGCUGCUUUAUCAUCACCCUCCCUAAGACAGGUAAGGCAAGACAGUGUUUAUUAUAACUGGAACUAGCCAUGGAGUUGAGUGGUUGAAGAUAUGGUGCUAGGACCUAGAACUGGUGCAGAGAUGUAGGCUGCCGCAUCCUUGCCUGCAGCUUUCAGGUUGGGGUAUCUCUAAUAGGAUGAUGAGUAGAAGGAUCUCCUUGUGAAAAAUACUACCUUCUGGGACUCUUUCCAUGUUAGGGGUGAUCUUGGGCAAUGAUUCUGUCAUUGGCUUAGAAUCUGUGAUUGCUGGUAGUCUGUUUUUUAAAUCAAACUUUUAUCCAGGCAGUCUUAGGUGGGAACUUUUAACUGUUCAUUAAAUUAUCACAGUCUUGACAAAAUUUAUAGAGCCUACAAACAGCUCUCUGUAUGUGGUUAACAAGAAAAGAGAGAGUCAGAGCUUCACAAUAGAUGUUCUUAAAGGGAUCCUAAGGAACACAGAGACUUCAUUAUUUGAAGUGUGUAAAUAAUGCAAAUAUUAUCUAUGUUUUAUUUCAAUUAAAAACUGGCAAAAUGCACUCUUGCACUUCAGGUUGUAAAAUUGGUCAUUUAAGAUGCCUAUGACAUGAAAGUUGUUAGACCAAGUAUUUAUAAAUUAUUGCAUGAUGUAUUGCCUCUUCAAUUUCUAAAUAGAAAUGAAAAACAUUUUUUGUAACUGAAAAUGAAAUUUUAUUCUAAUAAUAGACUUUUUUACAGUUUCAUUGUGUAUGUCACAUAAUCAGCGGGUUUAGCAAUUUAUAUUAAAAUGCUACUAGUGGUUUGAAAGCUGUUCUGUAAAUAAAACAGAAAUUGGAUAUUUUAGAAUAUGUAAACUUCAGAUUUUGGGCUUUCUAUUUUUCAAAAUAUUGUUUCAUUUACAUUGAGUGCUGUUAGCUUGUAAAUUAUUUUUAUGUUUGCAUGAUAUCAGAGAAUAUGUACUUGUUUAAUUUUAUAGCUUCCUACAGGGGACGCAUGUUUUGGCAGGUUCCUGUAUAUAAGGAUAGAUAAAGAUAGAAGGUCCAAAAUUGGAUCUGUAUUUUUCUUUGCUUUUGUUUGUGAAGUUUAUUAGUUAUUUUAUGAUUUAUUAUUUUCAAUUCCAUUCAUCCCCUGUAAGACAAUACACAUAAGCUGUGCAUCUCAUUUUAAGGGAUCAGAAAGAUCUUAGUUUCACAUUUUCAGGAAUUUAUUAAAACAAUGUUUUAUGUGCUCUUUUAGAAAAUAUUUUUAAAAGUUGUCAUUUUUUUCCCUUCUACAUUCCUUGUAUUAACAUAAGUUCCAAAUAUGAUCUAGUAUUGCAAUGACAGAAUAACAUUUAAACAUAUGGUAAUAAUUAAAAUUUAUAUAGGCAGGAAAACUGUAUUGUCUUGUGUGACUUUUACAAAGUAAAUGAAUCAUUUGGAGCUCAGGUUUUACAGCUCCUCAUUCACAGGAAUAAUCCAGGGAAAGCAGUAGGGUUACUUUCUUGACAGGUGCUCUAGAAUUGUGAGCAAAGCUAUAUGUUAUGUUUUAGUUUGUUUGUUCAGCUCCAUAAUUUUUAGAUUAAUUGUAUUUUCCAGAGAUUAAUAAUGAUGGGGUUCUUCAGAAAAGCUAUAAUUCAAAUUCAAAUUUUGUUACCUCUGUCAUUAGCAGUAAUGUAGUCUGCUUUCUUUCUGAAUCGUUAACCAAAAUUGCAAAUAUCACCACCUAUUUUUUCAAAACUUUAAGAACGCUUAGAUUCUAAUUGAAGGCAGUGGAUCUGCUGAGAUGUUCAAGAGCUUUUCUGUAUGCUUUUCUAUUUGCUUGAUUUCCUUUAGAAUUUGGGGGAUAAAAGUGCAUUCAAUUAAAAAAGUUAUAUAUGCAUGAACUGUGCCUUUCAAAUUCAGAUACAUUUACAAAAUCCUAACACAAGGCACUUAUCUUCCUUAAGGACUGUUUUCACUUUAAAAUUCAAUAUUUUGUACACACUACUUUCCUUUCUAGAUCUUUUCAAAUAUAUUGAAUGCUUUUGAUGUUGUUUAUAAUAUCAGUAGUUUGUAUUUUCUGCUUGAUUCUUUCUAAAAAAACAUCUCACAACUGUGCUGUUUUUCUCCUACCUUACAAAAUAAUUCAACUCAGGCUUGGAAAUUUGUGCCUGUUAAGGUGAAAGGAUCUCGGAAAGGAAAUGUAGACAAAGUUAUAGGCUGUAGUAAACCCUCUGCAUAAUUCUGGGGUUUUUUAUAAGUACACACAAAUAUUGCAGUCAUUGUAUUUCAUAUACAGUGGAUGAAACCCUUGCUUACUGAAGUUAAUGGGAGUUUAGCUGUAGACUUCUUUUGGGCCAGGUAAUCACCCAGUGUUCCCAAACAAGUCAUAGAGAAUAAAAAAUAGUCAUAACAAUGGCAAAAAGGUGGGGCAUUUGAGGGGCUAUGCACAGGAUAGCUAAAGUUGGAAGUUAUUCUUUUUUGUUUGUAUCUUGAAAAAUGUGCUUAAUUUUGGUUAUACGAGUGAAUUGUAUGGUUUCAGUGAACAUCCUUGAGUGCUUAGGGUUAAGUGAGUGUACAUAACCUUUGUUUGCAGGUUCACUACUUUUAACCACAAUAGGCCAGAACCACUUCUGGUGUAAAAUGAUGCAUUUCCAUUGAUAUAAUGGGAACCACGUUGAUUUAUAUUGGUAGGAAUGUAAGCUAAAGCUUCUCAAAUAACGAAUAGCUAUUAAAUAGGCAAAACAACAAUUUUAUUAAAAACUAGUUUAUUUUACAUUUAUAGUGAAGGAAUUGGAAUGAAAAAAUACUUGAAAAUCAGACCUUUACUGUCCUUUGGUCUAGAUUAUGAAUGACACCUGCUAUUUAAGACUGAGGCUUUCUACAAAGGAAAAAGAAAAGGCCAAACGAUAUACUCUGGGUUGAUUUUUUUUUUUUUUUUUACUAGUCUAUCUUUAGCGCACAGAUUUAUUGCAGUGCACUUUCACUUAACAAUAUUUGCUUGUAUUGUCCAACAUUUAGAAUGUUGUUGUAUCUUUGAAAUUAAACUGCAUAAUAGAUGGAGCAUAAUGGGAUUCUUCCACAAACAUAAAUACAUUGACAUUAUAAAAAGCUUUAAAAUAUAUUGAUUUGUUCCAUGUCCAGUCCCUUGGGCAAGUAUUUAUGUUGAUAAUGAUUUGAGGCUUAGAACUGCCUUGAAAAUUUAAGACUAUGUAUAUUCAUUCCAACAACGGGAAAGGGAAUUUAAACUGCUAAUGUGUAAAGGAUCCAGAAUAAAAUGUAAAUUAAGUAAACCUGCCUUACCUUAGUGUACACUAGGGAGAAUCAGGAAAUGAUAUAAACUGUUAUAGUUCCACUGAUUUUGGUGUAAAUCAUCAGAGCUCCACUAGUUGUUGUCAUCAUUGUCUUCUUGUUUCCUUGUCAUAAACUAGAUGUUUUUUCCACAAUCAUGCACAAGUGAUGGCUCUUUCCAUUGCUGCAGUGAGGUCUUCCUUCAUACAGUUCUCACCAAGGAGUCAGCAAAUGAGCAUGUGCUCCAUGGUCUGUACCUCACCACGCUUGCAUAUAUUUGUGUCAUUAUAGUAACCCCAUUUGAUCAUGUUUGUUUUUGAUCUUCCUGUUUAUGUGCAGAGGCAAGUCAGGCAUUGCUAUGUUGGCCAGUCUAGAUCUGCUUCUCUUGUAAGGUCCUUCUGGGGUUACAGGUCCAUUUCAGAGCACCUUAUGGCAUGUAAGCUUUCCUUUAAUAACCUCAGCCAUGACCUGUCCGCUGUUGUGUCCAGUGGCUCAACACUGAUCACAAAACUCUUUUAUAUUUUAAGCUGUUUAGUUAUGUGUGACCAUACAGUGGAUGCCUGGGGUCUUCUAUCUGCUGUGAUUUUUCUUUUUGGCUCUCUACCUUUCGUCUGAUAUCAGGUGGUCCAAUGUCAGCCAGUAAGUACAGGCUAUCCUUUGGUGUUGCUUUUGACGUCCUGUUAUUUCAUGACAUGUCAUUUAGAACUGGGUAUGUUUUCUUGGCAUGAACUGAUUGUUACCAUACUGGAAAUGCAUACUCUGCAGUGGAGUAACACAAGGCAAUAGCAGUGGUUCCUAAUGUAGCUGGGCUUCCUCCUCACUGGGCGCAUUUACACAUCGCUCUACAGCUACAUAACAAUACACUAUGUCAGCAUAUGGCGCACUACAGUGACAUAGCGAUCACGUGGGUUUACACGUGAUCGCCAACUACAUCACUGUAGCGGCGUGCUCCCCAGUAUAGUGCGCUGCUGUGGGGAAGUAGAAGUGAAGUUUAACUGCGCCGCACGCAUGGUGUAGUAACCACCUGUUCUGUGCCGUGCUUUAGUACUUCCAAAAGGAAGUAGUAUAGCAUGACGCCAUAGCACCAUCACCGUAUGGAGAUGUGUAGAUCCACCCACUGUGAAGUGACCAACUUUCAAAGUAUGGUGUUGUAGGUGCUGAGUUACCCUUUCAUCUUCUCUACAUGUGCUUUGAAGGUAAGUGUUUGGUCCAGUGUAACCCUAAAAUACACAGUGUUUGGGUGAUUAGUUGUUGGGAUUCCAUCCAAGAUAAUGUUUUAAUUUCUGCUUGGCUUCUCUGUGGUGUAGGUGAAAAGCUGUAACCUGUGUCUUGGUUGGGUUGGCACAAAGCUGGUUAUUGUAGUAAUCUGAGUGGUUGUUCAGUAUGCAUGUCAGUCUGUUCUCAGCAGCGGCAAAGUCCUCUUGUGAGGUGAUAUAUUGAUCAUCAGCAUAUAUGAAGCUCCUCGUAUUACUCUGUAUGGGUUGGUAAUUGGUAUAUAAAAAAGUAUGUCCCAUAAACUUUUCUUAAUAAUUUAAGAACAUAAGGAACAUAAUGCCAUACUAGGUUAGACCAGUAGCCCAUUUAGUAGGGCUUUGCAAAGCUUUGGUCCCAGAUUCAAUUUGGCAGAGAUUCAGCCCAAUUCAGUAGUUGAAUCUCCAAAACGAAUCAGGAGACCCGUUAAUUUCUCCAAAUUGAAUCAGGACCCUCUGCAUUGAUUUGGAGAGUUUUGGAAAAAUUUGGUGAUUUGAACAUAGACACAGCUUUAAAUGUUUUUCUACGUAUCUCAAGGUACCAGGCUGUUCAUGAAUGCUGCGAUGGUGGUGGGGCAGAUUGAGCAUCCCACAGGAGCGUGGGCGGGGGGGAGGUCCCCAGCAUGCUCAGCAGCAGACCUGGAAGUGAUCAGAAGCCUCCCUUCCCCCCCCCCCCCCUUCAGGACCCCCAGCUCGGCAACUGGUGCUUCCUGAGUCAGCGGUGGGGGGGCACCUGGGGUCCUGAAUUGAAUACAACCCAUUUCGCAUGCCCCUACCAUUUAGCCCAGUAUCCUGUUUUCUACAGUGGCAGUAAUAGAUGCUUUAGAGCAGGGCCCAUGGGCUAGAUCCUAAAGCCUGGGAGUCAGAUUCAGCCUGUAAAGUUUCAAUCCAGUCUGCAUAUUACUAGGGGUGCAUUGAUCCUAAGCUGUUUAAUCUGUUCUGCGUUUUGCUAAUGGCAUGCCCAUCCCCUUUGUCUGUUUUAGCAAGCUGCUCCAGACUUCCUAGAGGGCUGCUCUCCCUCACAAGCCUCUGCUCACUGUCCCUGGAGUGGUAGAGAGAAGCAGUGGCCCAUGAGUUGUUCCCCAUGCUAGUAAAAAGCUGCCAACCUUUGCUGUAGCGGUAAAGUAUAUGAACAGUGUGUCGAGAGCAGUGAUUUUCAAUCAUGGUGCCUUGAGAUGGCAUUUUUUCCAUUUUGCUUUCAGUUCUCUCCUUAAUGCCACCCCACAUUCUAUUGACUUUUUUGAAUGCCACUAUACAGUGAGCUGUUUUUAAAGAACUGUCUACAGUGACUCCAGUGUCUCUUUCCUGAGUCAUAACAGCCACUUCAGAAAAUUUCUCUCUUACUUCUUGUCCAGGUGAAGGAUUUGCCCAGUCUGUGUGAGGAUCGGAGUUUCUCAUUAUUAUAAUUUGUCCCACUUUUGCAAUUUCUCUAAGUAAUCUCCCUUAACGUUUUUCUAAUCACCUUUGCCCUCCUGAUCAGGUGGUUGGUAGUAUAAUCCUAGUCCUAUGUUCCUUUUAAUUAACUACAGAAUUUCUACCCACAGAAGUUCUAUGGUAGAUUCCCUUUAAGAUGAGAGUUUUAUGCUGCUACUGUCUAUACUAUCCUUAACUUACAGCACAACUCCCCCAUUUACACUUCUUACUCUGCCUUUCCUAUGUAGUUUGUAAUCGGGUAUAACAAUAUCUCAUUUAUUAUCACUUUUCUACCAGGUCUUUGAGAUGCCUAUUAUGUCAAAAUCAUCUUUUAAUACCAGGUAUUCUAGAUCAUCUAUCUUAUAUUGUAGGCUUCUAAUAUUUGUAUAGAAGUACAUACAAGCAGUCCUUGGACUUAUGACAAUUAGUUCCUGAAAACUGCAUCCUAAGUUGAAACAUUGUAACUUGGAACUGAUUUUCUCAUAGGAACAAUGUAAUAAAUGGGGGAUUGGUUCCUGAAUCAAGGCCUAAUACCCUAUUUUCACCAAAAAUAACCCAGAAUUUUGUACUCAAUCUAUUAUAGAUGAGUAAUAUAGCUACAUUAAUAUAUUUAUAUUGUAAAUAGCAAUCAUAUUGAUAUAGAAGGACUUCUUUGAAGGGCUCUUGGUUGGACUUUUUGAAGGGUUCUUGGAUGGAGUCUUCUCAGGAGUCUUGACUGCAGGUUUUUCUGGAGCCUUGUCUGCUUUCUUAAAGAAAGUGUCCAAGGAAGUUUGAACAGAUGUUUUCUAGGGAGUUGGGCAACGCAGCAAACCUAUUUUCUGGCAUGGCGUGAUGUGGCGUGAGAUCAAGCAUUGUAAAGUCAAAACUGAUGUCAGAAAGUCAAAACAGGGUGUCAAUUUAUAAAAAUUGUAAGUGCUGUUCAUUGUAACUGAAAACAUCUGAAGUUGAGGACUUCCUGUACUCAUUUUGUCCUAGCUCAGUUGCCUGCUACUGCAUGUGUUAUUUGACUGAGACACUAACUUUUCUGGCUUAACUUCACCAUUGUCUACAGCAGUGGUCCUCCACUGGGGUGUCACAGCACACUGGGGUGCCUUGAUAUCCUUUUAGGAGUGCCACAGAAUGCCAUGCAAUGUUAGCACUGUUAGGUGUGUAAACAUGAUUCACAAGAUAAACGCAACAAUUUCAAAUAAUAACCCACAGUCCUAAAAAAAAAAUAUGAUCUGUUGCGGUCUUCCUGUGUUCUUUGCAAUAGAAAAAUUGCUGUAUUAUUUUCCUGUAGCCAAAAUAUGAGUGAAAACUAAGAGCUGGCAUUUUCCGAGGGGUGCCUUGAUUAAGAAAAAGGUUGAGAACUACUGGUCUAGUCACACGUCCUACUUCCCUACUAGCCUUUCUAAUAUAUGUUCUCUUCUGACUUAGAUAAGUAAAGUAUAUUCCUCUUGGAAUAUAUACCUUUUAAUAACAGUAUGGGAUAGGAUGUUUCUGCAUAAAAGAUAAAGAAACAUCUAAGGAAUAUAUGUCUUUCUCUAACAGAAUUCAGCCGUAGGUCUUACUAGCGUGCAGUGACGUUAAAGUGUGUAAAUUGCAUUAAAAAUUCCAUUGCACCAUCUGGACUUUCAUUUGUCUCCUUGCAGAUAUAAUAAAAUUAUAAUCAUUUUCUUAUUCAUUUUUUAAAGGAAGCAAGGAAUUCGUGAAUCGGUUUUGCUAAAUAUCAGAAGGCAAGACUCAUGAUAGCUACAAGAAAUCCAUUAAGAAACUGGGUAUGCUGUGGGGAAGUUAGGUGUACACAAAGUAUAUAAUAAUGUUAUAAAUCAGGAAUGAAUUCUUCAUUCCUGACCUUUCUUUCUUACUUUUCUUGAGGGUUAAGCCUUAACCCUUAAAAUAUUUAUACAACUGUACUGUGUAGGUAUGUUGUUUCAUUGACUUAAAUGGGACUCUCAUCUAUUAAGAAUAAUAACUCUUAUCUAUUAAGAAGCGUAUUAUUAGGAUCUUGAACUGUAAACUGUUACUGUGGCUAGGACUGUGUUUAGGCUUGUAGCUUUGUGUGUUGGGGGAGGAGAAACACACUGCCAGGUCUGCAGGAAUAGAAACAGAUGCAAAGGAAGGCACCUAUAUAAAUUCAUUCUGAUUUUUGUAGGCACUGACUCCUAGAAGCUCUCAUUGCUUUCAGUCAGAGGUAUUUUUAAAUACAAAGAUCAAACUACUUUUAAGUGUCUAAAUAUAUGUUUCCAGAUUUACUUUUAUGCUCUUCAACUUGAAAAAUUGAAACCAUAAGUAAUGAUAAUAUAGACUAUAUUUUGUAUUUUGCCUAUGUUAUAUACAUUCAGCAAAAAAGGCAGAAUCAAGAGCAGAAAAAUAGCAUAAUUACUCUAUCCUAGUCUUACCAUCCAUUCAGGAAAAUGAAGUUGAUGCUAUGUCCUCUCCAUUUAGACGGGAAUCCCUGAUGGUGAUUGUAGUUCAGUAGUUCAGCCAAUCAGAGAACAAAAUCUGUGUUCUAUGGAAAAUUUCAGUACAACAUUUAUUUUUAUUCUAAAAAGCUGACCUUUAUUGCAGAACAGAAAUUCCCCCACCAAUAUUGAUUCAGAAACAUUGAAACAUUUCAUUUUGAUAAUAAUGAGUCCUUAUAUUUAGAUAACAUUAAAAUAGUAUGACAUAAACAAAUAUUAUAUAUAUUGCUAAAAUCACUAUUUUAAUAGAGAAGUUAAACAAAAAUUGAAAAAAUAAUGCAUGUAGAACAUCAUAACAUCAGGAGCUAAUAGCACUAGUCCAAUUGACACAGCUAGAAAUGAACUGGUACAUUUCUUAAAAUAUAGAGAGUAAUAAAAAUCAAAGACUGUCUGAUUUAUAGCAAGAUCAUGGAAAUGGGGUGAAAUUGCAUUUCCAAAGGAAAACAGACAGGCAAACAUAUAAAGUAGCUAAACUGGGGUAACUAAAACGGUGAAUUUUUUACAUGAUUUAUUCUCAAAGACUGCAAUUUAUGGCAUCCCCAUUACAUAGUACCACUAUUUUAUCAACAGUUGCAGUUAUAAUCUAGUCUUAGAUUGGCCAGGUACAUUUCUUUAGAUGGUUUGCAAUCAUGAUAGUAAAGUUCUGACUUCAGAAGUUCAAGAGAGGAAAUUAAGACCUAGCACUUUAUAACAGGAACAUAAAUUAGAGGUCUUGACCUUUCCACCUUAAGUCACAUGAAUAAAACUUACUAUAAUCACUGGUAGGUGCCUUAAAAUCAUUGGUUGUGCUAGUUUAAGAUGCUUAAAACUACUUUUGAAGGCUGUUUUAUAUCUUAAUAGAUACUGCUUUGCAUUCUAUUAAGGAAAGUCCAACUAGUUUUGUUUCCCCUUGGUUGUUGAGAGAGAAACGUUCUAAACUGGAAAAAAAGCAAUUGCAUAAGGAUUUCUUGGUCACUAGGUCAGAUGGAGGGAGAGAAUAUUUUCAAACUAGAUUCCCUGAUGAAUAGUGAAAAAUAACUGGAACAUUUGCUAUAUUAUUUCAAAUGAGUUAUUGUAAAUAAGAUAAACCUAAUGUCUUUUCUUAUUAUUGGAUUAAGCAUUACAGAUGUUGUGAAACACUAAAGCUCAGAAGAAAAUGCAUAGAGAGGCAGCUUUAGACCUGUGGAGCCCAAGCAGAUGCUAAGAAACCUUCACAAGUUUGAAAGAGGACACAGGUGAGCACACAGGCUUGCAGUUUCACAAGUUACAGUAGGGUAACUUUAUUGGGGCGGGGGGAAGUGUUGACGAAGAUACAAGCCCUGGAUGCUGAUUCAGAAGGGCCACCAGAAUGGCAGCCCCCAGGGAGCUUGUGCCACUGCUGCUAUAUAGCAUAUCCUGGAGUAAACAUUUACUCAAGACUAUUAUCUGUCAUCACCACAGCCUGUGCAGGGGUAAUCAUUCCCCCUCCCUGCCCCCCCAGCACCAAAAUUGAAAGUUAUGCGUCUCGGAUCCUAAAAGCCCUGAUCUUCCCUUUUUCUAUUCUGGCUUGACACUUAAAAGCUUUUAAGCACAUAUUGAAGUUCAACAAUUUGGACAGAAUCCUGUUUCUCUUUAUAUGCUCAAAUGGAACUUAACUAGUUUUUGGCCUAUUCUAUCCUAUUCCAUUUACCUUCAAAGCUAUUAAGCUGCUUGUCCUAGACUCAAAUAAUUCAUCUCUCUGGAUGAACUUUUGUCCAGGGAUCUUAGUUUGACAGAUUUGGAAAAAAAAAACAGGAAAAGAAGAAAAAAAAUCACUAAAACACUGACAGUGGGACACUGAUAUCUAUUCUAUUCUACAUGUGCUAUUAAUUCAAAGUAGGCUUACUACAUAGUAAAAAUACUGUGUAGUAAGUUACCUGGGAGCACAUCUACACAUGUUCCCUUUUGGGAGGAGAUUUGCUCUGCCCCCCUGCAGCAGCCAGCGGGAGGUCCAAGUUCCCCUUGGGCGCUAAGCUGGGGGAUGGCAGGGAGCAUGGGGCUGGUUCCCACAUGCACGGGGCCAGAAGAGCUCUGCCAGCUGCAGCAGCAGCUGUCUCCUCACCUUGUACACACUUGGAGGGGGCCUGAUGUGCAGGACUGGGAGACAGCUGCUGCUGCCGAGCUUUCCCACCCUGUGCACAUGAGGACAAGCCCUGUGCCCAGCAGGGCUUCCCCAUGCAGCCUGGCACUGGCCAGGAACUGUCCCAUUCUGGGUCAGGUCCCAGCCAGCUCUGGGCUAUGUGGAGAUUUCCCUGCCCAGCCUAGAGGAACCUGCCCCAUUUUGGGGAAAUUCUUAGGCCACCUGGAGCUGACUGGGAUCUACCCCAGAAUGCAAAUUUCCCAGCCAGUUCCGGGUAGGAAACUGCUUGUGCAACCCGGAGCUGGUUGGGACCUGUCCAGGAAUGGGACAGUUUCCGGCCAGCUCCAGGCUGGGCAGGGAACUCCUCAUGCAGCUCAGAAUGGGGCAGUUCCCAACUAGCUGCAGACCGGGUGCAGAAAUCUUCAUGAAGUGCAGAGCUAGUUGGAACCUGCCCCAGAACGGGCAGGCCCUAGGCUAGCUCUGGGCUGUGCAGGGAACUACUUGUGCAGUCCACAGCUGGCUGGGACCUGCCCCAGAAUGGGACAGUUCCCAGCCAUCCCUGGGCUGGGUGGGGAACUCCUUGGGCAGCCCAGAGCUGGCUGGGACCUGCCCCAGAAGCAGGAUAGUUCCCAGCCAAUUCCACACUGGGUGGGGAGAUGGAAUUCCUUAGUUCCAGUGCUACUUGGCUCCCAGCUCCUGUGGGAGGGUGGGGACAGAGAGCUUUCUUCUGGUGCUGCUCAGUUCCUAGCUCCUUGGGGGAAUUCCAUGUUCUUUGUGAACCCCUAGGGUAGGGGCUGACUGAGAGCAAAUUUGCUCCCGUCCAGCAUUUAAAUGUGCCCUACUGCACAGUAAGUUUACUAAUUGUAUUUAUGACUAGUAACUAACUGUGCAGUAGACUAAUUUACUGCACAGUAAAUGUGUGCAUGUGUAGAUGGUAUAAAUAUCAGCAUUCUACAGCAUAACCUGGAGUAACCAUUUGCUUAAGACUUAUCUGCAUUCCUAUGAGCAAGGUGCUAGAAUAAUUGUCUAUAUUGGACACGUCUACACAUGGCAUUGUCACCGUAGGUAGGCACAAACUGUGGCACCAUUGCUACUGUGCAGUAGUUUGUUGCUCCUGCGCAAUAAGGUUGGGAACAACCCAUGCGCCAUCAGUACUAAACAAGUACUAAAUGACUGCACAGUAACACCUGCACAAUUGGGCACACAUGUAGAUGCGCCCUUUAUGUAGUUACCCUGGAACAGGUGCAUAUCUUUCCAUACCUGAUCCCAGUGUAAUUUAUAUUGGUAUACAAAAGCACUGAAAGUUAUACAGAUGUAUAUCCAUUGUCUUUGCAGGACUUAAAUGUAGAUUUCUGAAGAUAAAAGUUACUUCUUGGAACUUUUACUGCUUGCAGUUUUUCAUAUUCAUGUAAAUUGUUUACUAAUUUAUGUACUUAUUUAGUCUCUCAAAUAUACACUCUGUUCCAGCAGUUUCUUCACAAAAGCCUCUUAGUUUCACAUGCUGUCGCCAACACCUUGAUUGGUUAAGGCUUUCAUUGUGAGUCUUAGUGAGUCAUUCAUUGAACUUCAAAAAGAAAUUAAAAGUCACCCUAUAUUCAGACUUAUGAAGCAUCUAAAAUGGUUUAGCCAAUUUACUGAUUAUGUAACUAAUUAGCAUUGAAUUUACUCUUUGUUUUCUUUGGAUAAUUUGGGAUAGAAAGAUAAAUUAUCUUAGAUAUGAGAAUAUUUAAAAAUGUGGUUCAUUCUCAGUCUUUGGGAGGAAGCUUUGUUAUAGAAAUCUAAAACCUUUCAAUAUUAUUGAAUAUGUGACCUAUAAAGUCUUUCUUCUUGUAUUGCUUAAGUAUUUCCAGUAUUAUAAAAUAUUUUCAUUUACUGUUAAAUGAUUCAGAAACCUCUCCCUUAUGUUUUGCAGUGUUUUGGUAUGGCACAAACAACUUAGGAAAAACUCUGUAUACCUACUUUAUGUGCCAUGGUCUACUGUCAAGUAUGAUUGCUCUCUAAAAAUUAUUUCUCCCAUCUGCAAUUCUGAUUCUCAGCUUUCUGGAAGGAUUAAGCUCUUUCCUGUUAUUCUUUUCAGAUAUUCUUCAAUACCAACACAUGAAUUUCUUACGUUCCAGUUAGUAUGAUUUAGCAAAAAUGUUUGACACUACUUUUUUUUUCAUCUUGAGGUUUCUUAAUGUAAUAUGAUUUUCUUGAUUAAUGGGUAUUUUAUUAAGUUGAUGAACUUUUGAAACAAAAUAAUUACAUUUCAAUGUUACAAUGAAAGAGUUUACAUUGCAAGUAAAAGUAUAGCAUUGAAAUGACUGGGCAUGAGGCUUAAAUAGCAGGAGAUCUACUGAAAUAUUUGUGAUUUAAAGGGACAUUGCCAACUUGAUCUUUUUAGUUGACUAGUUUCUAAAUAUUACAGUUCCUGAGAGGUCAGUCUCUAAAUACAUUGAGACUUAAAAAAAAUAUUCUUUAAAAUAUAACGAUGGUACCAAGGGUCUCUUUAGCCAGAGAGAAGCUAACUGAUAUAUAAAGAGAGAGAGAGGUAAUAAGCCAUGUUAGUCUGAAGUCAGGUAGAAGGUGCCACUCUGCCCUGCCUUCUGUGUGAUCAGAGGAAAGUUGGGCUAUGAAGGAUUUCAUGAGGUCAUGUAGUCCAGCCCUUUGCCCAAGCCCCUCACUAAAAAACAUAUGUCUAUCUAAUCUGCUCUUGGAAACUUCCAAGGUUGGAGACUAUAUAUAAGAGCAACAAUGGAAUUUACUGAACAAAUUGUGGAUAAAUAUGGAAAGCAAACAUAAUGGAAAAAAGCUGACUUGUAGUUCAAUGGGCAAUCAAUUAUUUUAAUGCUAUUUCUCUUUGUUAAUGUACUGUAUCAACUAUAAUCCUUGCCUACUCUGUUUGUUAGCUGAAUACUGCCCCUGGCUGUUAUAUGUUGUGAUAAAUCUCUCCUUUAAAACUCCACUUUGCAAACAUAAAUUGUCCGUUCACUGUGGAA